AUGGGAGAUUGGAAUAUUUUAGGAAGCAUCUUAGAAGAAGUUCACAUCCACUCCACCAUCGUGGGCAAAAUUUGGCUGACCAUCCUUUUUAUCUUUCGUAUGCUGGUCCUUGGUGUUGCCGCUGAAGAUGUCUGGGAUGAUGAGCAAAGUGAGUUUGUUUGUAACACAGACCAGCCAGGAUGCAAGAACGUCUGCUACGACAAAGCUUUCCCGAUAUCCCUCAUCAGGUACUGGGUCCUGCAGAUCAUCUUUGUGUCCUCGCCCUCCUUGGUGUACAUGGGCCAUGCACUGUAUCGAUUGCGUGCUCUGGAGAAGGAAAGGCACAGGAAGAAAGCCCAGCUUAAGGUGGAGCUGGAGGAGGUAGAGGGCAUCUUUGAUGAGCACAGAAGGAUUGAGAGAGAGCUGAGAAAACUUGAGGAGCAGAAGAAAUUGAGGAAAGCCCCGCUGAGAGGUUCUUUAUUACGCACAUAUGUGUUUCAUAUCUUAACCAGAUCCAUGGUGGAAGUGGGCUUUAUAGUUGGGCAAUAUGCCCUCUAUGGUAUUGGACUCUCCCCACUUUACAAGUGUGACACGGACCCUUGUCCCAACGUUGUGGACUGUUUUGUGUCCAGACCGACUGAGAAAAACAUUUUCAUGAUCUUCAUGCUUGUCAUUGCUGGUGCUUCCCUUUUUCUAAACAUCCUCGAGAUCUUUCACCUGGGAGUAAAAAAAAUCAAGCAAAGCAUCUACGGCAUCAAGCAUGUCGAAGAUGAUGAGAGUGUCUGCAGGUCGAAAAAUAAUUCCAUGAUGCAGCAAAUAUGUGUCUCCUACAAAUCCUUUCCUCAAAAAUUUGGCCAAAUAAGCCAGACAUCCAUUGCACUAGUGCCAGACGAGCAAGUGGACUUUUUGCCUCACAACUUCCCUCAUAGCAACCAUCUGCCAACCCCAGGGGCGUUUAACAGUGAUGCCUUUUCUGGAUCUGAGCAACAAUACAAGCAACCACAUAAACUAAGCCAGCCUAAGUUCGAGACCAUUUGCCAACUAGGGGCCACAGAGCGUCGCCCCACCCUGGACAAUCGUAUUCACUCCUCCAGCAGUGACGACUCAGGUCCUAGGAGCUCUGCCCCCCCGAGAAGUGCUGGGCUUAUUCCUCGGGCAUCCCUCAGAGCCAGCAACCUGGAGAUCCCAGCCUACAUUCAGAGUGUUGCAUGCAAGCAAAGCCGUGUGAGUACCUGCAGAGACCUGAGCGAGGAGAGCGAAUCACCAGAAUACCCUACAAAUAGGAAAGCCAGCUUCAUGUCCCGAGGACUUUCUGAAAGCAGGCUGGUCAUUUCACAAGGCAGUCCAACAUCAAAAAGUGGCUCAGAAUCUGAAGUCAAGAGGCUUGGUCAGGGUGAAAGCCCUGCCAUGACCCCUUCACCUGGCACUGACAGACGUAUGUCAAUGAGCAUGAUCCUGGAACUGUCUUCAAUCAUGAAAAAGUGA